UAUUAGUUUGUUUUAAAAUAUGACGUCAAAGUGAGAAAGAGAGGGACGAGAGUGAGGGAAGAGGGCAGGGGGGGAGAACUCCGGGGUGAUACGGAGUCUAGCACUGGUAGCCAGAGGGCGGUGGCAUCUCUCCCUCUCUGCGUAAACGGAGCGAGUGGAGAAGGAGAAGGAGAGCGCGCACGGAGAGAACAGCAGAGCUUUGUGGCAGCAGCAGCAGCAGCAGCGCCGCUGACACGAGUGGAGGUACCCCGUGGCGAUUCCCACAGCUUAACCUGCGCCUUCUGACACGGACCUCCACGUCGGGGACUAGAGGCGACGCACUCCGCCACUCGUUUUCUUUCGGGGGUUUUUUUUGGGACUCGUUUGAUUAAUCAGCAGACCUUGAGGUGGAGGAAGGAACGGGAGGGGGUCCUCAUUUCCCCCGCCGCGGAGUUGCGUGUGUGUGUGUUUAUGUGCUUUACGCGUUGCCUGUAAUGGGGAGAAGUGGACAGAGAAGUGGAAUAGGACACGGGGCUUGCAGCUUGGUGAGGAUGUGUGCCACGCCGGGGAUCCUGCUCCUCGCCAUGGUGCUCGUACACCGAGGAGUCGCCCAAGUGAGAGAUGACGACGAUUUCUUGAGUCUCAGCGAACUCCCGGAGACCUUCCCCUCCGACCCUCCGGAGCCCUUACCUCACUUCCUGUUCGAACCCGAGGAAGGCUACAUCGUCAAGAAUAAACCUGUCAAUCUCUACUGCAAGGCCACGCCCGCCACUCAGAUUUAUUUCAAGUGCAACAGUGAAUGGGUCCAUCAGAAGGACCACACGGUGGAGGAGAGGGUUGACGAAAACUCAGGUCUGGUGGUAAGAGAAGCCAGCAUAGAAAUCACACGGCAGCAGGUGGAGGAGCUGUUUGGUCCUGAAGAUUACUGGUGUCAGUGCGUCGCCUGGAGCUCGGCUGGAACCACCAAGAGCCGCAAGGCGCACGUCCGCAUUGCAUACCUGAAGAAGUCAUUCGAACAGGAACCCCUAGGAAAGGAAGUGUCUCUGGAGCAGGAAGUGCUGCUGCAGUGUCGCCCCCCGGAGGGCAUUCCAGCUGCUGAGGUGGAGUGGUUGAAAAACGAAGAAAUAAUUGAUCCGGCGGAGGACAGAAACUUCUAUAUCACCAUCGACCACAACCUGAUCAUCAAACAGGCGCGUCUGUCCGACACGGCCAACUACACGUGCGUGGCCAAGAACAUCGUGGCCAAGCGACGGAGCACUACGGCAACCGUCAUUGUUUACGUAAACGGUGGUUGGUCUACAUGGACGGAGUGGUCUACGUGUAACAGUCGCUGUGGACGGGGCUUCCAGAAACGCACCCGGAGCUGCACUAACCCCGCCCCUCUCAAUGGAGGACUGCCGUGUGAUGGACAGGCCAUUCAGAAACUGGCCUGUACUACACUUUGCACCGUGGACGGGGUGUGGACCGAGUGGAGUAAGUGGUCGGCCUGUGGGACGGAGUGCACCCAAUGGAGGAGGAGGGAGUGCAACGACCCAGCACCUAAAAACGGAGGAAAGGACUGCGAUGGGACGGUGCUCCACUCCCAGAACUGCACCGACGGGCUCUGCAUGCAAAGUUCACUGUUUCAGAAGUCAACUGAGACCAAAGAAAAGAGUGAUUUGGGAAUCCCAUCGGCUCCGAGCACGGACGAUGUGGCCCUCUACGUGGGCAUCGUCAUCGCAGUGAUCAUGUGCCUGGUGAUCUCCGUCAUCGUGGCCCUCUUUGUCUACCGCAAGACGCACCGCGACUUUGACUCCGACAUCAUCGACACCUCGGCACUAAAUGGAGGCUUCCAGUCUGUUAAUAUCAAAACAGCCAGAUCAGCCGAUCUGCUGACGGCGCCUCCUGACCUGACAAAUGCAGCCGCCAUGUACCGCGGUCCGGUCUACGCCCUCCACGAUGUUUCAGAUAAAAUCCCAAUGACCAACUCCCCUCUCCUGGACCCACUGCCCAACCUAAAGAUCAAAGUGUACAACUCAUCUGGUUUGGUCACGCCGCAGGACGACCUCGGAGGAGACUUCACAUCCAAGCUCUCUCCUAAGGUGACUCAGUCUCUGUUGGAUAACAGCGACACCAUGAACCUCCGCAACCAGAGCUUGGCCCGAACGCGAGACCCUUCUUGCACCGCUCACGGAUCCUUCAACAACCAGGGAGGACACCUCAUUGUACCCAACUCUGGUGUGAGUCUGCUGGUUCCAGCGGGCGCUGUUCCUCAGGGAAGGAUAUAUGAGAUGUAUGUGACUGUGCACAGGAAGGACAGCUUGAGACCCCCUGUAGAAGACAUCCAGACAGUGCUGAGCCCAGUGGUGAGUUGCGGACCUACAGGGGCACUGCUGACCAGACCAGUGAUCCUCACCAUUCACCACUGUGCUGAUAAUGUCCAGGAGGACUGGCUCAUACAGCUGAAGAACCAACUGGCCAUGGGGGAGUGGGAGGAUGUGGUUGUGGUGGGAGAGGAAAACUUCACCACCCCCUGCUAUGUGCAGAUGGACUUGGAGGCCUGUCACAUCCUAACAGAGACACUUGGGACGUACUGCCUGGUGGGCCAGUCGAUCUGCAAGGCGGCCGCUAAGAGGCUCAAACUGGCUGUUUUUGGACCCGUGUCCUGCACAACUUUGGACUAUCAUAUCAGGGUCUAUUGUCUGGACGACACACAGGAUGCACUCAAGGAGGUUCUUCAGAUGGAGACCCAGAUGGGGGGGAAACUUCUAGAUGAGCCAAAGACCCUGGACUUUAAAGACAGCACACACAAUCUAAGACUUUCAAUCCACGAUGUGCCGCACACUCAGUGGAAGAGCAAACUCAUUGCGAAAUAUCAGGAGAUCCCAUUCUACCAGGUGUGGAGCAGCAGUCAGAGAACUCUUCACUGUACCUUCACUCUGGAGAGACUGAGCCUCGCCACCACAGAGAUCAGCUGUAAACUGUGUGUGCGGCAGGUGGAGGGGGAAGGACAGAUCUUUCAGCUCAGCAACACGUUAGAAGAGGAGGUCCAGUGCAUAGACACAUCCUUGAUGGACCCAGCCAGUAACAUCACGACCUUAGUGGGACCCAAUGCCUUCCGCAUUCCUUUAUCCAUCAGACAGAAGCUGUGUGGCAGUCUGGAUGCACCACAGACCAGAGGCAAUGACUGGAGGCUGCUGGCACACAAACUCAAUCUUGACAGGUACCUGAACUACUUUGCCACCAAGUCCAGUCCGACGGGUGUGAUCUUGGAUCUGUGGGAGGCUCAGCACUUUCCGGAUGGAGACCUGAAUGAACUGGCCGCCGUGCUGGAAGAGAUGGGUCGCCACGACGGUAGCCUCGCCGCCAUGACGACGGAACACUUCUGAAGCUCCGCGGCCGCCGCGAAAAACGACAGAGACGACGACGACUACGAAGCCAAUUCUCUACAGCGCAGGAAUGAAUUAGACGUGAGCAAAAGAAAGCGGGCGUACAGCACGGCGAUCAUGCCUGCGUGGUGACAGGCGGUGGACGCUCCAGCUGAUCACUAGAAACUAUGUGUGUAUCUUUGUGUGUUUACUAGAGCAGACAAAACCCCCACAAAACCCCCAGAACACAAACACAGUCCAUCAGGAACAGACUAAACAUACACACCGCUGGUGAAAUACCAGGUGUUUUCUCGUUGUUACCUCGUGAAAAAGAAGCAGAGAAAGGACGCAGCGGGGGAACUGACCUUGAAAACCUUUAUACGUAGGAAUCAUAAAGAAAGGAGAAGCUAAACUGAUUACAAACAAAUGGGGGGGAAGUUAGAUUGAGGAAAAAGAGGGAGUGAGUCACAGAGCAGACUCUUCAGUAAGACAAGAGUAAACUAAGGGACGGGAUAAGCUGAUUACAAAAGGGAGGGAGGACAUAAACAUGAACUGAUGGAUGAUGCAGGAAGCCGCAGGUGAUCGUCUGAACGAACACGAUGGAAAACAGAUGAUGAGAAAAGGGGGGAGUCAUCCCUCAGUGGUGAGUCUGGGCUCUGCUUGUUUGGCCAGUUCAGUUUUCUUGUCUUUAUAUCGUUUUCCUACAGAAAGCUCUGUGUAUUCUGAUUUCCAUAUGUGAGAACUUUCAAUCAAGGAUGUUGAUGUUUUCACCGUGAUGUUUGAAUUAGUUUUAUAUUGAGCGUCGAGUUGCAGAUAUGAAGCGAUGUGGGCGAGAAGUACGAAGUACUAAGGGCAUCUGAACUCACGGUCCACUUGCCUUCAACUUGUGCCUCUGAUUGUCUUUAAAAAGACCAAAUGUGGCAACACUCCUGAUGGAUUCAAGUUAACACAUAUUUCCUGUUUUGCAUUUUUAGCAGUGUAUGAUUCGGAAAGCGUUCUAAAACUCUUUAGCGGUUUAUUCAGGAUUUCACCCACAAUAAACAGAUGGGAACAGAUAGAAACUGCCAGAAAGUCAUUCUCAUACAUAGAAUAUUUUAUGUUUAUUUUUUUGGCAUCAGCAUUUACUAAUUUAAUUUUGUGUUAGCUGCUGCUCCAGUUGGUGAUUUGGAUGAGGCUGUAAUGCAGACGCAGUGGGGGCGGUUUCCAGCUAUGGCGAUGACAUUUGGUUAAUCUCAACCUCCAUUCCAGUAACCGGCUUGUUUCUGGUCCGACUCAGAAAAUACUAAAAGGAAACAAAAAGGGGGUGAACUAGAAAAUAAAACACUAGUAUUUUUAAAUACAGCGAUCUACAAACUACCAUGGUAUUAUGUGAUAGUGCGAUUAAUAUCAUUCAUUACCGUUAAAUGUAUGUAGUAUUCUGAUUUUAUCCAACAUUUUAACGUACUAUAAUGCCUAUGAAUAUGCAUUUCUGACAGUAUUUAUGUCUUCUAUCACCGGAUACGAGAUGCAGGCCUGGUGUGGUUUAAUUUGUGGUCACCAUCAUGUCUUGAUUAUGGUCACUAGCACCAUCCAGUGGCUUUUGGAGAAUAACAGCAUUUACAUUUUUUUUUUCUUGUCUGAAAUGUGUAAAUACAUUAUUAUCAUGUUCAUUCUAAUGACCUCUUAUUAUCAUAAUAGUGUUUUUCGGUUGUCAUUUAUGUAUUAUUUACUUCCUUAUUUUUCUUGGCACAUUUAUCAUUUCGUAGGUGUGAACUGUAUGUAACGUAGCAGUUAGCUGCCUUUAUCUAAAACAAUGUUCCGUCAGCGACUCACAUUCCAACUCGUGCUGUAUUUGUGGAAAAAGUUACAUCUCAAAAUACCAACUCAAGGAGCCUACUGUAUGUAAAAUGAAGUGUAACAUAUUUGUGUUUUGCUGAGCAUCUUGUGAGGCAGGGCCGGUCUUCAGAUGAACGCGUAGACACAGGUCAAACAGUGUCUUACUCAAAGGUUCAACUCCAACAACCAGCUUGGAUGGAGGCCUUAUUUUCUGUGACUUUCAGGGCUUUCAGAUGGCUGUGGACAGGAAUUCUAUUCACUACAUAGAGGACAAAAUUAACUUUCAGUACAAAGGGAGUACGUGUAAAAUAUAGAAAAUCUGGAGUUAGGAUUUUCUGCUCCAAACCGCGGAGAGACGCCAUAUGAAACGGAACGAUGGGUGUGUGAGAGACGCUGAGGAGGAUAUUGUAAAGGCGACAAUGUGGACCUCUUUGUGCCGACUAUCAUCUCGCAGCUGAACUUUGAGACAAAAAAUUUGACAUUGAUUCCCUAUAAAUAUGGACCUAAAAAAACAGGGGACCUAUUGUACCUGUGUAGAACCAGACAGGUGAUGGAGGCCUCACGGACAGUCUUAUUAAUGAAAUUAUAAAAGGUCAGACGACGGAAUGGAUGUUAUGUAUGCUGACUAUCAAAGGCUGCAACAUUAAGUAAUCAAUUCAGAACUUUUCAGAACAAAAAAAUCAACCCAAGGUUCAUGACAGUGUCUCAUUCCUACAAUGUGAUCAUCAACAUCUCUUAUUCACUCAAAUGCAGAAACAACAAUCCAGAAACUGCGAGGAGAGGAUUACAAGUUACAGUGUAACCAAAGUGAGAUGCGAGUGUUGAAUUUAGGAGCAGAAGAGAUCAAUGUCACAUGUCGAUGGCAAACGUUAGGCCUCCAGAAGGCGAUUCGUCUUGAUCUGCAAAUGAAGAAAGUAUGUAAAAAAAUAUUUUGUAUCCACAAUAUGUACAGUUGUGUACUGUCAGCUAUAUUUGGCAAAUCUGAGAAGAUAAAAAAGAGCAGUACAGUUAGAGACUAGUUUGUAUGUUUCUUUCUUUUUUGUAAAAGCAGUGUCUACUAUGCAAGCAGUUUAUAAGUCUAUAACUAGAGCUGUGCUAGUAAGUGCAUUUUUAUUUUACUAUCAGGGGUGAUUUGAUUUUGUUAGUGUCGGGUGGUGAUGGUUCACUUUUGCUAAUUUUGGCACGCUUCAUUAAUCUUGCUCAAUCUUGCUUGAUGCUCGCCGCUCUAUCUCCUCUAACUGUUUUCUGUACAAAGUGUAAGAAAGAAUUUUUAAGACAAUUAAUAAAUUAUAUUUAUAAGCAAUGCUGAA